CACGACCAAGUCGUAAUACGUUGCAUUGCGUAAGGUAGUAUUAUUCAAGCAUGUGCGCAAUAGGAAGUUCGCGGAUAAACAACAUGGCGGCGUCCUUGCAGCGAGUGGGCCUUGCUGGGAAAUACAUUAUCAAGAAGACAUGUGGUUUAACGAGGCCGCUUAUUGGAUCAAGGAGACAUAGGGCGACAGAGGCUGUUAGCCAAAUAGUUUUAAAUGUUCCCGAAACAAAGGUAACCACCCUGGAAAAUGGACUCAGGGUGGCAUCGGAGGAUUCGGGUCUGGCGACCUGUACGGUCGGGCUUUGGAUUGAUGCUGGAAGUCGGUAUGAAAACGAAAGAAACAACGGAACUGCUCAUUUCCUUGAACAUAUGGCAUUUAAGGGUACAAGAAAGCGUUCACAACUCGAUCUUGAGCUGGAGAUUGAGAAUAUGGGAGCUCACUUAAACGCCUAUACGUCCAGAGAACAAACCGUGUAUUAUGCGAAAGCCUUUUCCAAGGACCUUCCUCGAGCUGUUGAGAUCCUUGCUGACAUCAUCCAAAACAGCACCUUAGGAGAGGCUGAGAUCGAGCGAGAGCGAGGGGUAAUCCUUAGAGAGAUGCAGGAAGUAGAGACCAACCUGCAGGAGGUGGUGUUUGAUUACCUCCACGCCACGGCGUACCAGGAAACAGAACUGGGCAGAACCAUCCUUGGGCCCACGGAAAACAUCAAAACUAUAAACAGGGGUGAUCUUGUUGAGUAUAUCACAACACACUACAAGGGGCCAAGGAUUGUGCUGGCUGCUGCUGGAGGAGUAUCACACAAUGAGCUAAUUGACUUGGCAAAAUACCACUUUGGGAAGCUGCCUGCCAGGUACAAAGGGGAAACUCCAGAAGUGCCCCCUUGCAAUUUCACAGGAAGUGAGAUCCGUGUGAGAGAUGACAAAAUGCCUCUGGCGCACAUAGCCAUAGCUGUGGAGGCUGUCGGCUGGUCACACCCAGACACCAUCCCUCUCAUGGUAGCCAACACACUCAUUGGAAACUGGGACCGUUCAUUUGGAGGGGGUGUGAAUCUUUCUAGCAAGCUGGCACAGAUGGCAUGCCAGGGCAAUCUCUGCCACAGCUUCCAGUCCUUUAACACCUGUUACACAGACACCGGCCUGUGGGGGCUCUAUACGGUCUGUGAGCCCGGCACCGUCAGCGACAUGAUGCACUUUACACAGCAAGAAUGGAUGUCUCUCUGUACGAAUGUCACAGAGAGUGAGGUGGCGAGAGCCAAGAAUCUUCUGAAGACAAACAUGCUCCUGCAUCUGGAUGGGUCCACCCCAAUAUGCGAGGACAUCGGCAGGCAGAUGCUGUGCUAUAGCCGCAGGAUUCCCCUCCACGAGCUGGAGGCCCGGAUCGAUGCCAUUAGUGCAAAAACCAUCAAGGACGUCUGUACAAAGUACAUCUUCGACAAGAGUCCUGCGAUCGCAGCUGUUGGGCCAAUCGAACAACUUCCAGACUACAAUCGGAUCCGGAGUGGAAUGUACUGGCUGAGAACCUGAGAAAUAGCCUGUGCUCACCUUUGACUGAUAUAACCUGCACCUCAUACCCCAGACUCUUUAAAUUAAACACAUUGAGAGUAUAAAAAUCCCAUGUUGUUUUCCUUAGCAGUUUUAUUAUAAAAUAAAGACAACACAAUAACAUUAAAAGAA